AUGUGUAAAAGGAUAAAUAAAAACACACAAUCCACACUUAUCCACACAAAGCAAAAAGCAGAUGAAAGAAGAAUCAGAAUCAAAGAGAAAAAAAUGAAUAGAGUGGAGGCAGCCCACAACGUCCACAUCCUUGGGUCCGGCGACACCACCGUCGUCCUCGGCCAUGGCUUCGGAACCGACCAGUCAGUGUGGAAGCACUUGGUGCCCUACCUGGUGGACAGCUAUCGUGUGUUGCUCUACGACAACAUGGGCGCCGGCACCACCAACCCGGAAUACUUUCACUUCGACCGCUACUCCACUCUCGAGGGCUACGCGCACGACCUCCUCGUCAUCCUCCACGAGUUCAACAUCCGCAGCUGCAUCUUUGUCGGCCACUCUCUCUCCGCCAUGACCGGCGCCAUCGCCUCCAUCAUCCGCCCUGACCUCUUCCAAAAAAUCGUCAUGCUCUCCGCUUCCCCGAGGUUUCUGAACACGGCGGACUAUUUGGGUGGGUUUGAGGAGGCGGACGUGGAGCAGCUGGCAGGGGCAAUCGAGACCAAUUACAAGUCGUGGGUGUCGGGAUUCGCGCCGCUGGUGGUUGGGGGGGACAUGGAGUCGGUGGCGGUGCAGGAGUUCAGCCGGACGCUAUUCAACAUGAGGCCAGACAUAGCAGGCAGCGUCUUCCGCACUAUCUUCACCUUCGACCUCAGGGACUUCCUCGGCCAGGUCACAGUCCCCUGCCACAUCAUCCAGAGCUCCAGGGACAUGGCCGUGCCGGUGUCCGUGGCCGAGUACAUACACAAGAGGAUCGGUGGGAGGUCAGUCGUGGAGGUCAUCAACACCGAAGGCCACCUGCCGCAGUUCAGCGCGCCUGAGGUUGCCAUCCCAGUGCUGCUUCGCCAUAUCAAAAAUGAUAUCGAUUCUUUGGGUGGCCGGAGGACAUGGGUUCCGAUCCAAGGUCGUUAA